CUGUACUGGGUACUCACUAAAGCACAGCUGCCGGAGAACAGCACAUCCAGAGGACACAUCACACAUCUGGAUUUGCUUUUUGGGAGUCCACAAUAAGAGAGAUAUUCGUGGAAAUAUGGAGCAAGAUAUCCAAGUUACGACAGCUUCCGGAUUUCCUACGAUUUCUACGGUGGUCUCCGGGAACAACCUCACCAAUAACACCCAAUGUCCCCAUUGGGAAAUAUGGGACUGGUUGUACAUUAUGCAGCCGGCUUAUAUGUUUAUCAUAUGUGUUUUGGGAAUCUUCGGAAAUGUCUUCGUCCUCCUGGUGUUUUGGCUCCAUAAGAAAGCGUGCACAGUGGCCGAAAUCUACCUGGGAAAUCUGGCAGCUGCUGACCUCUUAUUGGUUUCAUGUCUUCCAUUCUGGGCCAUCAACAUUGCAAGUGGUUUUAAUUGGCAGUUUGGCUCACUAAUGUGUCGUCUGGUCAAUACAGGCAUUAGAAUGAACAUGUUUUGCAGUAUUUAUUUACUCGUUCUGGUUAGUGCCGACCGCUACGUAGCCCUGGUGCACGCCAUGUCGAGCGGUCGAAUGAGACGACCAUGGUAUGCCAAGCUCAGUUGCAUCACGGUCUGGUGUUUCGGUUUAGUCCUCAGUAUCCCAACGCUUCAUUUCCGAGAUACCCAAUACAUCGCAGAACUCAACAUUACGGCUUGCAUCUUAAACUACCCGAGUACGGAGAUCGGACUUGGUUGUGACAUUCUACUAAUCCUGCUUGGUUUUAUCAUUCCACUAUUGGUCAUUUCCUAUUGCACGUAUCAGAUCAUUCGAGCGUUGCAUGAGCAGGUUAUGGAUCGAUUCAAUGCAGAGAACACUGAACGGAAGGCCACGGUUCUGGUGCUGGUUGUUCUAUUAGCGUUUCUACUGUGUUGGGUCCCGUUCCACCUGAUAACUCUACUGGAUAUUCUGAUGCGGUUUGGAGCCAUCAGUGGAUGUGAUGCUGAAACAGGUCUUGAUGUUUCCAACCAGAUAUGCACCUACUUGGCUUUGAGCAACAGCGUGUUGAACCCGAUUCUCUAUGUGAUUGUUGGCAAGAACUUCAGAACGAAAGUUAAAGAAUUAAUUAAACAAGUUAAACAAGGGAGAAAAGACACAAGUGGUUCUACAAGGUCGCAACUGUCAACGUUAAAGACCCUCACAACAUAUUAAGACAUGACGAGACAAGAUGGUUGAAAUGUUCAAUGGCACAUAUUGAAAUUAUGUCUUUGGUUUAUGAUGGAUGUGGAUCCAAACAUGUCUGUUUAUAGAUAUUUUGUAUUUUUACUAUAUUUGCAAUCUCAUAAAGAAGGCUUCAUUGAAGUGAUGUUUUGCAUGCAUUGGGGAAAAAGUGUUUGUGCUACAUAAGUGCAUAUUAUCACAUAUUAGACUGGGUCAUCUGAUAGUGUUGCAAACCACAUCCAAUGUUUUGUUUACUUUUAUUAAGAUUAAAUGAUUAUUUCAAAAUCUUUAUCCAAUGAAGCUUUUAGUGUGAACAGGUCUUGAAAAACCGUGCACCACCAGACAGACGCUCAAGACAUGAUGCCUGCAGAUUGUUUCUUUCCAUAGCCUGAAAAUUGCCAGUUGGUCAAAUGACCGAAUGUGUCACAGACUUUCCAGGAGUAACUCUGUAGCCCAUUGCCUUUGUGUGGUUGUGAAUAACAACCUCCUAAAUUGUGUUUUCCCAGUGAAACCUCUAUGCCUAGACUUGUUUUACAAGUGGAAUACAGUGGUCGGUAACACACAUGGAUGGAUUGCCAGUAAUUGGCA